CACAAGACGCAGAUUUACAAUCGAAUAUUACAACAUUUGAAUCUGUUCGUGGUUGCGAGACAUUUAUUUUUAUAGUUUUAUUGCAUGUUUGUAUGUAAAUUAUAACUAACUAUUUGACAUGGGUAAAGCGGAUUUUCUAAGCCCAAAAGCCAUUGGCAAUAGGAUCAAAGCAAAGGGUCUUCAAAAGUUGCGAUGGUAUUGUCAGAUGUGCCAGAAACAAUGUCGAGACGAGAAUGGCUUCAAAUGCCACUGUAUGUCCGAAUCUCACCAAAGACAACUGCUGCUGGCCUCGGAGGACCCGGACAAGAUCAUGGACACUUUUUCAGAGGAGUUCAAGAAUGACUUUAUUGAGCUGAUCAAAAGACGCUUUGGAACCAAGCGAGUGCAUAACAACAUUGUCUAUAAUGAGUACAUCAAUGACAGAGAGCACGUCCAUAUGAAUUCCACCCAGUGGGAAACUCUCACAGAAUUCACCAAGUGGCUGGGGAAAGAAGGUUACUGUAAGGUGGAUGAGACCCCGAAGGGCUGGUACAUUCAGUACAUCGACCGAGACCCCGAGACCAUUCGGAGGCAGGAGGAGCUGGAGAAGAAGAAAAAGCAGGACCUUGAUGACGAGGAGCGCAGUGCCAAGUUCAUAGAGGAGCAGGUCCGCCGGGGCCAGGAGGGCAAAGAGCCAGAGGAAGCCCCGGUUUUCACAGAGUUUAAGCGUGAAAGUGAAGAAGAGAAAAUUGCUUUCAAUCUGGCCAAGAGCUCCUGUUCCUCUGCAGAAGGACACACUAAAGCCAGUACUGCCCUGGGUCCCAGUGCCCUGAAGGUGGCAGGCUCUGUGAAGAGAAAAGAUGUGCCCUCCACCUCAGAGGGCAAGGAAAAGAAGAAGAGAUCAGCCCUGGAGGAGAUUAUGGAGAUGGAGGAGCAGAAGAAGAAGUCUGUGCGAGUCGACCACUGGCUGCACCCUGGCAUCGCGGUCAAAGUGGUCACCAAGAGACUGGGGGAGAAAUACCACAAGAAGAAAGGAGUCAUUAAGGAGGUGCAGGAUAAAUAUACGGCCAUAGUGAAGAUGACUGAGUCGGGGGACAAGCUGAAACUAGAUCAGAGUCACCUAGAGACGGUCAUCCCUGCCCCAGGUAAACCGGUCUUGAUUCUGAACGGUGUGUACCGGGACACGGAGGCGAUCCUGGACUCCAUCGACGAGAGGAAGUUCAGCGCCACUCUGACCCUAAACUCGGGUCGGAUGAAAGGGAAAACAGUGGAUGGCAUCGCCUAUGAGGAUUUUUCCAAAAUGGCUUGAUGUAUGCCCAUCAUACCCCAUGACCCUCCCCCUCACCGAGUGGCCCUUCAGACUCUACUGUGUCAGAGUCCCAUUCCUUUGGGCCACUUGGCAACUGUAAAUAUCCCAAAAUGCAUUUUCUUUGGAUGUGUCACUUCCAAGCAAUGGUCAUAUAUAUAUAUAAGAAAGAAAACAAUCUUCUUUGUGUAUUUUUUAUUGGUUUUCAGACAGUUCUCUACAAUUAAAUGGUAUUAUUACUCAUUAAAUAAAGUACAACACAGAUGA